UGAGGUAAGAGGCCUUCUGGAAGGAUGUUAUUCCUUGUUAAAGAUGGAAUAAUACAAACUGUACAGCUUUGCCUAGGAGAAGCAACGUGUGGUGAGGUUGGAAUAAAGCAGAGUCUCUGGGCAGAGACAAGACCAGGAAUCCUGGCUACAAGCGUGGAGCACAGCUGGGUGCCCUCCAGACACUGCUAGCCCCCUCUUUUGGGAGCUUUUCCAACUGUGAAAUUGCAAUGUUAAUACUUCGUUGCCAUCUGUUCCUUUCAGACAUGUUGAGGUGAUUAAUUUGUCUUCCUAAGCCCCUUGAAAAUGAAAGCAGUCUAUUAGUGCUAAGUAAUACUGUUAAUUGGCAGAAGAGAGGGAGGCAGCAUGUGGGUUUAUGAGAUGGAAAUAAAUCAUUCUGAUCAACUCCUGCCAUACCAGUUAAAUAACCUGGCUGCAUCAGACACUCGUGCCUUUCCCUUUUAGGACUCUGAGUGAGAAGAGGGAGUUCUGGUUUCUAAGCUGUCCUUCGUUUCCUGCUAUUCAGAACUAUAGAUCUGAAAUGAUGAAAACAUGCCUGUUGAGAUUCUUUCCAAAGCCUUGUUAUUUAAACAGGUCACAAGAUCCAGCUGGCUCUCUGCGAAUAAGGAGACUAAUGCCUGUGAGCCUCUGGGUAGAGCCCUGGGCAGCUCACAUCUGCAGCUGAGAGAUGGGGCAGUGGUGGUGCUUUCUGGUGAUCUCACAGUCAGCAGCAGCCUGCUCCCCUGCCCUCCGAAGGGGCUAGCUCUAGAGAGCCACAUGGUUUGUGAAGGGGAAAGAGAUGGCCUUUCAAUACAUUACAGCUAUGCCACUCAGACAGCAUGUGAAGGAAGCUUAGGAAAUGCAGAGGAAAGCCCAAGCGAGGAAAUGACGCUUCAAACCUCCAUCCUGUUCCAACCCCCUCCUGCUCUCUUCCUUGCAAAAAAAGGCAACUCCAACAACAAUGCUGUUCAUGUGGCUGUGGCUCAGCAAUGCAGUAAAGGAGAGAUUUCAUCCUCCCUGCAGUUAAAGGUAGCAUUAUUUCACAAAUCUGGGUCAAGAGCCUUCCAUGAAGUAAUGCGUAGGGAUGCUGCUGGCCAGAAUACAGCUCCUAGCUCCACCUGGUGCUCAGCAACUGGCACGCUGCCUGGCAGCACAGACCCACUCCUCCCCGUUUUACAGUCCCUGCUCCUCUCCUACAAUGUUAACUGUAAAGCAGAGAUGGGCUCACAGCUCCCUGUGCAGUGAACCUUGCAGAAACACCCUUUUGUUUGUGCCUUCCAGUGCAAAACUGCUGACGAGCUCUCUGCUGCAUGCUAAGCAGGCAGAAUCAUUGAGGCUUGGGAUUUGUGAUCUGACCUGCACUGUACUGCCCUGAUAGCAGGAGCUGGUGUUUCGGGUCCUUCCCCUGCCACAGACACUUCACUAUCAGUAAUGACAUGCAUAAAAAGUCAGUCCCUUCUCUCUUUGCAAUAGUUACAGAUAAUUUACUUGCCCUGCUGCUAGCACUGGCUGUACUGUGAGUUUCUUCACCCCACAUUGGGACUGAACUGAAAUCCCUGCAUGCACAUUAAGUUUAAUGCUGUCUUGCGGUUGCAUUGUCUGGAAAACCCUACAAAUGC